AUGGUGUUAAUAGUGUUGUUUGUUGCUAGUAUUUUGGUGCUUGUAAUUUGUCAUAUUUACUUCAGAUAUACUAGAAGAGGGAGGCUAUUCGCUCAACUACCAGGACCGACGCGAUGGCCUCUCAUAGGGAAUAUUGGCAAUUUUAAUUUAUCCCAAGAAAAAUUGUUUAGCUACCUCCGGACUCUACCUACAACAUACGGAGAUAUUGUUGGAGUUGGUGCGUUUCAUGUAACGUCUAUUCAUAUUUAUCAUCCUGAUGACAUUGAGUUUAUUCUGUCUUCACCCAAAUUUAACAGCAAACAAGCGCCAUAUAAUUUUUUACAUCGGUGGCUUGGUGAAGGAUUGCUUGUAAGUAACGGUAAUAAAUGGCAACACAGGAGAAAAUUGUUAACACAGGCGUUUCAUUUCAAUAUUCUAAAAAAAUACUCACAAACGUUUAUGGAGGAUACGGAGGAGUUACUUCAAAAUAUAGAGAAGCACCCAAAUAAAGAGGAUUGGGAUAUUGUGGAAUUAAUCGCUAAGAAUUCACUUAGAACUAUAUGCAAAACAGCAAUGGGUACUUCAAUGAACGAGGAUGUUGAGUCUAUAGCAGAAAAAUACUUUAGCGCUAUUAAGAAAAUUUCUUCAGCUUUAGUCCCUCGACUUUGCAGUAUAGUCUUGUUCUUUGAGUUAACAUACAAAUUUUCUAGAAACUAUAAGCAAGAAAUAGAAGCAAUAAAAGAUUUACAUUGCUUUACCGACAAUAUCAUUAGAGAAAGAAAAGCAUAUUUGGAGGAGAAUCCAGAUAUUUUAAAUAUUGAAGAAAAUGAUGAUACCCCGAAUAGAAAAGGUCGUCUUGCGAUGUUGGAUUUACUCAUUCAGAACCAAAAAGAAGGUUUCAUAGAUGAUGAGGGGAUUAGGGAAGAAGUGGACACAUUUAUGUUUAGGGGUUUUGAUACAACUUCCGUAACUUUAAUACAUUUGAUUAUGUCACUAGCAAAUGAGGCCAAGGUACAGAAUAAGGUAUAUGAAGAAAUGAAAAACAUUUUCGGCUCGUCACAACGACCGGCCACAAUGGACGAUAUGAAAGAGAUGAAGUACUUAGAAUGUUGCAUUAAAGAGGCACUACGUCUGUACCCCAGUGUGCAUUACAUCGCUAGAAACAUACCGGAAGAAACUGUUUUAGGAGGCUACACGAUACCAUCGAGUACAAUAUGCCAGAUUCAUAUCUAUGAUCUCCAUCGGCGCCCUGAUUUAUAUCCAGAUCCUGAGCGAUUCAUCCCUGAGAGAUUUCUGCCAGAAAACAGUGUGGACCGCCACCCCUUCGCUUUUAUACCUUUUAGUGCUGGGCCCAGGAAUUGCAUUGGUCAAAAAUUCGCGAUGCUAAAGAUGAAAAGCUUGACGUCUGGAUUAAUAAGAAAAUAUCGCUUCGAACCUGUUACUAAAGUGUCAGAGCUCAAAUUUUAUGCUAACUUUGUUCUUAAAACCACUCAUCCUAUUUAUGCUCGCAUUAUACCUAGAAAA